AUAAUUGUACUCAUGUGUACCUGUGCCUAAAAUAAACUAACAAUGAUAAUACUACUGGUACUGGGACGUCCAGUGAGUGACGUCACUCAACAACAACAUGGCAGACUUGUUGGUAAAAAAACUGACAGCUGAGGACUUUAAUGCUGAGAGAUAUGUUCAAGACCUCAGCCACAGUAGUGUUGGGGAUUUGGAGUUGAGGCAACAAAGACAAAGGAUUCAGCAUUUGGCUGAAGAAACCAAUGCCCAACUCAAGAAGAAUGUGUAUAUGAAUUAUAUGCAGUUCAUAGAGACUGCCAAAGAAAUAUCAUACCUUGAAAGUGAGAUGUACCAACUCUCUCACCUCAUUACAGAGCAGAAAUCUCUCUUAACAUCCUUGCUAGAGCUAUCAGUUGCAGGAGAAAGAGGCCCAGGCAGUGCUGCUCAGGAGAUGAUAGAAGUAAAUCCACAAGAAGUGCGAAAAAAACGUGAACGUGAAAAUAGGAAAAAGUUUGACUGGACUUUUGAAAAAAAUAGAAGGAUGUUCAGAUUCAAAUUCUUGAAAGUAGACAUAGGUAAGGUUAGUGUUUCAGGAUUCACUGGCUUUAUUGAAUGGAUCUCUUUCCCCUCUUACCACGUUAGCAGAACAACAUAUCAAGUGCAGUGCGAUGGGUUGAAGCCUUCUUCCACAGAAAUGGUAUCAGAAACUUUAUCCAAUGACGAGAAGAAUCUACCUCGAUUUGUUGGAUUAAGUAAUGUUUCCUGUGAAGGACAAAAGGAUAUUGGAUAG